CCCCACCGGGGUAGAGAGUCAUCAUGACUAGCGAAGAGAAUAGGAGGAAAUGGAGAAAUUUCUACGCCACAUUCCGUGAUGCUCUUCAUCGCUGUCCGUCCAUCUUACCAGCUCGCAUUAUUUCAGUAGGUGGCAACUCUUUGGGUUACUCGCAAGGCGUGAACCAACAUGACGUGCUAAAAAAGCACGGGAAUCCCUCCCGCAUAACGCCAACUCUCUCGGCCUCGGCUGCAAGGGAUGUCGCUCAUGGAUUCCUCUCUUCUUCCCACUUUCCAAGCUAAUUCGGUUCCCAUCGAGCCCUAUAUUUCUGGUGCUGGCUCAUUGCAAGCCGCAUCCAAGAGUGCUUAUCCACCAUGGCCAUGACGCUUGCUGAUUUGUGCCACUGCCACAGAAUCCCCCGGAGCUCCGACGUCAGCAUCGGGCUGGCCUUGUUCCUCGUGGUUCUAUCCGUGGUUUGUGGCCUCUUCACCUUUGUCUUAUGCCUCGCUGCCGAGGGCUCUAGGACUGAGGCCACCCGGUAUAUCCUGAGCAACUGGGGUCAUGGCAGCGACGCAUCUGAGUGCAUCUACGACGCCAGUGGUCUCCGACCACUGGCGUUUGCUGUGGGUGCAUUCCUGUUGCUUGUGGUGGCCAUGUUCGCAGAACUUGCCUACAUGUUGGUUGUCAUCACAAGUCCUCAACCGCCGACAUUGGUAAUACCCUCGCCAGCUCCAUCAACGGUAAUGCUAACCUCGACAUCACGCAUAAGAACUCUUGCAGGGCAGGCCCGUUUCCUUUUUCUCGCAACUUGGAUCAGUUUUGCCAUUGCUGAGGUGCUUCUGAUGUUUGGUAUGGCCGUGGAAUCAAGUCAUAUAUGCCAAUGGACAAAGCCAAGGUCCAGCUGCCAUGUAGUUCGACCAGGGUUAUUUGCAGCAGCAGGAGUUCUUGGAUUUCUAACGGUCCUCCUUGGAAUCGCCCUGUAUCGGACACAAACAUGGCACCAAUAUGCGCACAGGCGCCCAACACCAAGCGCACCGCCAGCACAGUGAGGGCAAAUGAAAGCCAGCCCCCACAAGA